CACUAUGUGUGGUAUAGAUUUGUUCGACAAGCUGAUCUAGACGAAACCAUCAUCUUCUCUAGUGUGAAACAGCUUCUUAGUCAUUCUUAAACGACUUCGGAGCUCUGUAUUUGAUCCAUAUAUAUCUAGCUUGCUUUAAAUCUUCAAAGAACAAGACAAGGAGAAGAAAUGGGUGGUGGCAACGGUCAGAAGUCGAAGACGGCUCGCCUGAGGAACUUGGAGAAGCAAAAACCUGCUAAAGGAAGCCAGCUUGACUCGAACAAGAAAGCAAUGACAAUCCAAUGCAAGGUAUGCAUGCAGGCGUUUAUCUGCACCACAACUGAGGUCAAGUGCAGGGAACACGCAGAGGCAAAGCAUCCCAAAUCUGAUGUUUAUGCAUGUUUUCCUCAUCUUCAAAAAUGAAACAAUCUGAUAUCACUAGAUGAAAUGUGUUCGACAUCCCCCCUUGUAAUCAUACUCUGAUUGACCUCCGGGGAUGCUCUGCAUAAAUUUCCUUUGAAAGAUUAAUGGAUUUUCAUCUGCAUAAAGA